CGGCCAUAUAUAAAUACAUAAUCUGUGUUAGAGGGUUUCUUGGUUCUAGUUAAGACUUAAAAGUCGCGUUUUUACCGCUUGCUCUCUCAUCCGCGCCUCUUUGGCCUCGAGCUUUAGCAUGGUUAACACCACUACUACAGCAGGCCUCAUCGGUGUCGUUCUUCUGGCUCGUCACGGCGACAGAACAGAGUACUACCAAGACCCAAACACGUUCAACGCUACUCAAGCAUACAUAACUCCUCUUGGAUCGCAACAAGAAUACGAACUCGGGCGCUUCCUUCGUGACACAUACCUCAACCCUGAUUCGCCAUCGUUCAUCCAGAACAUCAGCACUGACGUGGUGAAUAUCGAUCAGCUGGCAGUCCGCGCAGAUGCUGGUGGAGGAAAUGUUAUCCUGGACUCCGCGUAUGCUCUGCUUCAGGGUCUAUAUCCGCCCACAAAGAAGUCAGAAAUGACCUUGGGGAAUGGGCAAACGGUUCUCUCUCCUCUUGGAGGAUACCAAUAUAUUCCAGGCGAGUUGACCUACAUGCAAUCUUUGGAGUUUUGGCAAGCUCCGUCUCUUACGAGCUGGAUGGAUUGCGAGUAUUUCCAACUCCACCUAGGACGACUUUACGCUGCAUCUGCGUUCAAAAAUAUGUCCACCAAAGCCGAGCCUUUCCUGACUGCACUGAAACCUUACUUGGGGAGCGUCGAUAACAACUUGACGAACAUAUGGAAUAUAUAUGACCAUGUGAACGUCCAGUACACCCACAACAAGACUUAUUACGAAACCCUGCCUGCAACUUUCCUGGAGCAAGCUCGCUAUUAUGCUAAUUGGGUUCAAAACAAUGUCUUCACUGAUACUGUGCAGAAUAGCGUCGGCAAUAUUGCCAUUCGCACUCUUCUCCCGGAGAUCUACUGGGCCUUAGGUAACAUGACCCAGCCUUCUAACAAAGUCAAGAUUUCUAUUCAGGAAGUCGAUUACAAGCCAUUCAUGGGUCUAUUCAACGUGACAAACGCUACCGUGACUGAUCCUGACAUCGCCGGUAUCGUUGACUAUGCUUCCGUUGUUGCAUUCGAGCUGUCGCAGAACUCGCAAGGUCAACAUGAGGUCAGCUUGAAGUUUAAAAACGGCACUCAAGACAGCGAGUUCCGUCAGCUCAAAAUGUUUGGCAACACGAGCAUCACCCUCGACAGUUUCAUUCACCAACUUGCUUGGAUCACAAUCAAUUCUACUAUCAACUGGUGCUUUUCGUGCAAUCAGACUGUCCUGCGCGGAUGCUCUGUCUUUAACUAUAGUGAAGAUCCCUUCUUGCACCCGGGCACCUAG